AUGGCACAAUUGCCACCUAAGAUUCCAAACAUGACACCCAAUUGGCCUGAAUUUUCUUCUCAUCAGAAGAUACCUUCCCUCACAAGCAUGUCACCAAAUGGUGUAACCAACACAAAUAUAUCAAACAACCACCACCAUCAUCACCGUCACCAUCAAAACCCUUCAUGGGUGGAUGAGUUUCUCGACUUCUCGUCGGCAAGACGCGGGUCCCACCGACGGUCGGCUAGUGACUCCAUCACCUUCAUGGAGGCACCAAUGCUCAAGGGUGGGGUUGACAGGUGCGAGUUUGAUAGGUUUGAUGAUGAACAAUUCAUGUCCAUGUUCAGUGACGAGGUUUCAGGGAAAGCCAUGAUGCCACCAUCAUUGUCCUCUUCCUCCAACCCUUCAAGCCCUUCUGAUCAUAACAGCGGCAUCAACGAUGAGAAAGAAAUGAACCGUGAAAAGGAGGAAGAUGAGAAGCAAGAGGAGCAACAAUUGAAGAAUGAAGCAUAUUUGGAUCAAAGCCAAUGCAAACAGGAAAUCACAGAAGCUCUGAAUGAUGAUGAUGAUGAUGAUGAUAAUAGUAAUAACAAUGCAAACACAACAACUUGUUCCAAUGACAAAAUUACUGACCCCAAGAGGGUCAAAAGAAUCUUGGCAAAUAGACAAUCUGCACAAAGAUCUAGAGUGAGGAAGCUGCAAUACAUAUCAGAGCUUGAGCGAAGUGUAACUUCAUUACAGGCCGAAGUUUCAAUACUGUCUCCACGGGUUGCAUUUUUGGAUCAUCAUCGCUUGCUUCUAAAUGUUGACAACAGUGCUCUCAAGCAAAGAAUCGCUGCCCUGGCACAAGACAAGAUCUUCAAAGAUGCACAUCAAGAAGCACUGAAGAGGGAGAUAGAGAGACUGAGGCAAGUGUAUCACCAACAAAACAUCAAGAAGAUGGACAGUGCUGUAGGGUCACCAUCCCCAUCACCAAAAGCAAGAUGUGAUACUCAUUCUGAAAAGGAACAUCUUAUCAAUGUUUGAACCCUCCCUAGAAGACUC